AUGGUCGGCCACUCCAAGCAGCUCAGCCACGCCGCCAUCCUCCUCAUCCCCAUCGACCCCGCCAGCCCCAGCCCCAGCCCCACCAGCCGCACACCCACCCUCACCCUGCUGCUCACCAUCACCCUCUCGGCAUCCCUCACCCUGCUCAACAAAGCCAUCUACACCGCCUUCAGCUUCCCCUUCCCCUUCUACCUCCUCGCCACCCACUUCGCAGCCAUCUCCCUCACAUCCCGCAUCCUCGCCACCACCCUCCGCCCCGCCCAGCUCGCCGCCUACCACGACCGCAUCACCUGGCGCUUCUGGUCCCGCAACGUGCUCUCCGUCGGCCUGGCCUAUGCAUCCGCCAUCCUCUGCUCCAACCUCGCCUAUCUCAGCCUCAGCGUCUCCUUCGUCCAGAUCGUGCUCGUCGGCGUCCUCUUCCAGCUCGCAGGCUCCCUCGCCGAGGUCGCCCGCCUCAUCGCCACCCAGCGUCUGCUCCAGGACCUCAACGUCGACCCCCUAGUCGCACUCAGCGCCCUCUCCCCCGACAUCUGCCUCAUCCUCGGCUCCGUCCUCUUCCUCGGCUCCCACGUCUCCUCCACCCAGAUCCUCGGUUACAGCCUCGCCGCCUCCGGCCUCCUCUACUUCAACUCGCCCAAGAUCCCCGCCUGGUCCCCCGACUACCCGCACAGAUACGAGGCCCUCCCGCUCGCCGACCGCGAACCCUCGAAACUCGACAAGUAA